CUCGGUUUUUAUCACUCUGUUUGGAGGCUUCGACAGUUUCAAGGUGAAGGAAAGGGACACUCCAUGGCGUGGUUAAAAGAAAGCUAGUUGGAGAAAAGAUGUCCAGUUCGCCUUUGUCCUAGAAACCUUGUGUGUCCAAGCCUGAUCCAAAGCCAGGUUCCAACCAAUCCCACCUUGUACCUGCUGAAGCUCCCACAGCACGUGCCAACGGAAUGGCAAAAAAUGGAAAUGAAGCAGAAAUAGAUGAAGGUCUAUACUCCAGACAACUGUAUGUCUUGGGCCAUGAAGCAAUGAAGCGGUUACAAACAUCCAGUGUCCUGAUAUCUGGCCUCCGUGGCCUAGGUGUUGAAAUAGCUAAGAACAUCAUCCUAGGUGGUGUCAAGGCUGUAACCCUUCAUGACCACGGUACUACCCAGUGGGCUGACCUCUCUUCCCAGUUUUAUUUGCAAGAGGAAGAUAUAGGCAAGAAUCGUGCUGAAGCAUCACAGCCUCACCUGGCUGAGUUAAAUACUUAUGUACCUGUUUGUGCAUACACAGGUCCCCUAACUCAAGACUUCCUAAGCAGCUUCCAGGUGGUAGUUCUCACCAAUUCACCACUAGAAGAGCAGUUGCAUGUGGGUGAAUUUUGCCAUAGCCAUGCUAUCAAGCUAGUAGUAGCCGACACUCGUGGUCUGUUUGGGCAGCUCUUCUGUGAUUUUGGGGAGGAGAUGGUCCUAAUUGACUCAAAUGGAGAACAGCCACUCAGUGCCAUGGUUUCCAUGGUAACCAAGGAUAGCCCAGGGGUAGUGACCUGCCUGGAUGAGACCCGUCAUGGAUUUGAAAGCGGUGACUUUGUCUCUUUUACUGAGGUACAGGGAAUGAGUGAGCUUAACAGCAGCCCACCUGUGGAAAUUAAAGUCCUAGGCCCAUAUACCUUCAGUAUCUGUGACACAACCAGGUUCUCAGACUAUGUUCGAGGUGGCAUCGUCCACCAGGUUAAAGUGCCCAGAAAGAUCAAUUUUAAAUCCCUGGCCAAAGCACUGGCUGAGCCAGACUUUGUGAUGACAGACUUUGCAAAGUUUUCACAUCCACCUCACCUACACAUGGCCUUUCAGGCCCUGCAUCAGUUCUAUAGCCAGCAUGGCCGGCUACCCCGUCCCCAAAACCAGGCAGAUGCCACAGAAAUGGUUGGAUUGGCACAGGUUGUAAAUGAAGCUUCCCCACCACAUGUGAAACAGAAAAACUUAGAUGAGGAGCUGGUACAACAACUGGCUUAUAUGGCAGCUGGAGACCUAGCUCCUGUCAAUGCCUUUAUCGGGGGUCUGGCUGCUCAGGAAGUAAUGAAGGCCUGCUCAGGAAAGUUCAUGCCCAUCAUGCAGUGGCUUUAUUUUGAUGCAUUGGAAUGCCUGCCUGAGGAUAAGGAGAUUCUCACAGAGGCCAGCUGUCACCCUCGUCAGAAUCGCUAUGACGGACAGGUGGCUGUUUUUGGCUCUGACCUACAGGAGAAACUGGGCAAGCAGCGGUAUUUCCUGGUAGGGGCUGGGGCCCUAGGCUGUGAACUUCUCAAGAAUUUUGCCAUGAUUGGCCUGGGCUGUGGGGAAGGAGGUGACAUCACGGUCACAGACAUGGACACCAUUGAGAAGUCCAAUCUUAACCGACAGUUCCUCUUCCGACCUUGGGAUGUCACGAAGCUGAAGUCAGAUACAGCAGCUGCUGCUGUGAGACAGAUGAACCCACAGAUGCACAUAACCAGUCAUCAAAACCGAGUCGGACCUGACACAGAACGGAUCUAUGAUGAUGACUUUUUCCAUGCCCUGGAUGGUGUGGCCAAUGCGUUGGACAAUGUUGAUGCCCGAAUGUACAUGGACAGAUGUUGUGUGUACUAUCGGAAACCACUGCUAGAGUCAGGGACACUGGGAACGAAAGGGAACGUUCAGGUGGUGAUACCAUUCCUGACAGAGUCUUACAGCUCCAGCCAGGACCCCCCUGAGAAAUCCAUCCCCAUCUGUACGCUCAAGAAUUUUCCCAAUGCCAUUGAGCACACACUUCAGUGGGCCCGGGAUGAGUUUGAAGGCCUCUUCAAGCAGCCAGCAGAGAAUGUUAACCAGUACCUCACGGACCCAAAGUUUGUUGAGCGAACUCUGAGAUUGGGAGGGACACAGCCCCUGGAGGUGCUAGAAGCCGUACAUCAGAGCUUGGUGUUGCAGCGCCCCCAUAGCUGGGCCGAUUGUGUGAGUUGGGCCUGCCUUCAUUGGCACUCCCAGUAUGCCAACAAUAUCUGUCAGCUCUUACACAACUUUCCUCCAGAACAGCUCACAAGCUCUGGCACUCCUUUCUGGUCUGGCCCUAAAAGAUGCCCACAUCCCCUUACAUUUGAUGUCACAAAUCCUUUGCACCUGGAUUAUAUCAUGGCAGCUGCUAAUCUCUUUGCACAGACAUAUGGACUAGCAGGUUCAAAGGACCGGGCUGCAGUUGCUACUCUUUUACAGACGGUUCAUAUCCCCAAGUUCACUCCUAAAUCUGGUGUCAAGAUUCAUGUUUCUGAUCAGGAACUACAGAGUGCCAGUGCCUCUGUUGAUGAUAGCCACUUAGAGGAAUUGAGAACCAUGCUACCUAGCCCUGAGAAGUUAUCUGGCUUCAAGAUGUGCCCCAUUGACUUUGAGAAGGACAAUGAUAAUAACUUCCACAUGGAUUUCAUUGUGGCUGCUUCUAACCUGCGUGCUGAGAACUAUGACAUUCCACCUGCUGACAGGCACAAGAGCAAAUUGAUUGCGGGAAAGAUCAUCCCAGCCAUUGCCACAACUACUGCUGCAGUGGUUGGUCUUGUAUGCCUGGAGCUGUAUAAGGUGGUGCAGGGACACCAGCGGCUUGAAGCCUAUAAAAAUGGUUUCCUCAACCUUGCCCUACCCUUCUUUGGCUUCUCUGAGCCCAUUGCUGCACCCCGCCACAAGUAUUACGAUCACGAAUGGACUCUCUGGGACCGCUUCGAAGUCAAGGGGCUACAGCCUGGGGGUGAGGAAAUGACCCUCAAGCAGUUCCUGGACUAUUUCAAGACACAGCACAAAUUGGAAAUCACAAUGUUGUCCCAGGGUGUGUCCAUGCUCUACUCUUUCUUUAUGCCAGCUACAAAGCUCAAGGAGCGACUAGAUCAGCCAAUGACAGAAAUUGUGAGCCGUGUGUCAAAGAGGAAGCUGGGCCACCAUGUGCGGGCAUUGGUGCUGGAGCUCUGCUGCAAUGAUGAUAGUGGUGAGGAUGUGGAGGUGCCUUAUGUGCGCUACACCAUCCGCUGAUCCUUGGCUGUUUUUUCUACCCCCUUUCCCUUUAUCAUUCUCUUCGUACCCUUCCCCCAUCCUGUCUAAUCACCUUCUUUCCCCAGUAAGGCUGGCUGGUGGGCCAGAUCCACAGGGCCUAGCCCAGUGGUUUAGUUCUGCUCAGUUUGGCACUCAGGGCAUGUGGGGAACCUUCCUACUACUGUUUGAAACCUGAAUUCAAAAUAAACGAACUAUUCACAGAAA